AGCACUUUCAGCUCCCUAGUUUCGUCCGAGGGCUCGUUAGUUCUGGACGUGAGUACUGCUCGUCUCGCUCUUUACCGGGUUGUACUGAAAAAUUCGAAACGUAUUGGACUAUGCGUUAAAUGUGUGUUACGCGGACUGUGCUUAAAAUAUUAAUAGUUCCGAUGGGGGUCGAAUUGUAACACCAUGAACGCUACCUAGUGUCGGGACAAUGUUUAUCGAUAAAAUGUGGUUAGUGUUGUUACUUCCCGCCCUAGCGGCGGCGCUGUCAUCGGCCGAUUCCGAUUCGUGUAACCCGGAUAAGAUGACAGUGUAUAAGAUGGUGUUACACACUUAUUGGACGAGGGAGAAAUUUCCGAAACAUUAUCCGGACUGGCGGCCACCUGCUCAAUGGUCACGUGUUUAUGGGGUAUCCCAUAGCCGGUCAUACGUCUUAUUCCACUUGGGCAGAAGGGUAUCACCAGCCAUUAAGCAGUUUGCUGAGACUGGAAGAUUGGACACUCUGGGAUCUAGUCCUGGUACUCUGGACGUCUUCGGCGCACCGUCUAUUGGUCAGGGUGCGGGGCGGAGUGAGUCUGAGUUCUUCGUCGACGGUAAUCAUUCUCGGGUGUCAGUGAUGGCCAAAAUGAUACCAUCCCCAGAUUGGUUUAUCGGAGUGGAUAGUUUUGAUCUGUGCGUCGACGGAAACUGGCUGGACAGCAUUACAAUUGAGGUUGACCCACUGGACGCGGGCACAGACAACGGCUUCACAUUCACAGCACCGAACUGGCCGACGGCACCGCAAGGUGUGGCGUAUCGAAUCACGUCCCGUUACCCCUCUCAUCCUGCGGGUUCAUUCUUCUACCCGCAUUUGAGAAGACUACCGCCUAUAGCCACGUUUCAAUUCAUUAAACUACGAGAAUACGAACUCUCCGAAGUGUUCCACCGCGAUAGUGACGACCGUAAAUACGACGUUCUUCAAUUGGAUAAGCUAAGCCACAAUAAUAUAGAUGUGUUGGACGGCAAUCGGGCCCUCUCUAUAGCUGAAGAGGUAGAGAGAAAUGAAGCACCCAGGAUCUACUCUGAAGGUUCCAUGACAACGCCAGAUGGUGCAUAUUCUUAUUAUUCAAUAAUGAACAACACGUCCUCAACUGAGGAGCCAAGAUCAGCAAAUGAGGUGCCGACAUCCGGGCCUACUGCCAGCGAGCGGUCAGCUUUACGCAGCUUAGCGAGGAGAUAUAGGGCACGUCGCCGCCGCAAGCUACGGGCUGAUAAUACAGAUCCAGCAGAGAGGAGGAAGAGAAAAAGAGCUAGGUUGCUGGAUUGUCGAGUGUCUGACUGGGGUCAGUGGAGUCCGUGCCGUAGUGACGGCGGCUGCGUGGGCUCGGCCCUACGUACCAGAAGAAUAAUAAGACGACAACGACCCGGUGGGAAUCCUUGCCCGCCAACAACGCAAUCCAGGUGGUGCGCAACCAACUGCACGGCGGCACACCCGCAGGAAGACUGGCGAAAUAAUCUCACGUAAUUCCCCACUGUUCCAUUUUUAAAUUUAUUUUUUAAUCCCUUUUGUAAGUGGCCAGUUCUGUUUGCUUAUUUUCUAUCUGCGUUAGCUUCUGUACUGUCCGUCCAAAGAUAAUUUUAUUUCUAUUCCAAAUUUGAGUUUUCUUUUCCGCUGUAAAUUCGUGGAGUGUAAAAAUAUUAAAAUCACUGUAUUAUAAAUAUAAUAAGAGAUGACUGUCGAUGUUCUUUGUAGACUUUGUCGCUGUAUCUAUGAGAGCUUUUUCUGUUACUAUCGUUUCAUGUGUUAAUACAUAGGUUAAGUUGACAUAAUCAUAUUUAUUAUGUAAGAAAUCCUCAUGUUACCCACCACAGUCUUUCAUACUUAUUUUUUCAUGAAAUUUAAACUCUAUAUUGAUAAAGUGUACUAUUAUUAAAUAUGGACUACUCAGAUACUGUUUCGCUUGGUACAAAUUACAAUUACCUAUAAUCGUAAAAUUAUAUAGCAAGUCUGUUUCCUUUAAGGCGCACUGCACUAGAUUUUAUACCUAAUAGUAUUCAUUACAAGCAGAUGCGUUUAUCAAUUACCUAUGCUACACAUUAGAUAUUAAGUGUUGCUAUAUGAAGGAAAUAACCUCGUUUGCCUUUUCAUAAUUAGAAAUAGCUAGGAUCAGCGACGUCAAUAUUCCGCAAAUGGUUAGUCAAUUAGUAUUUUGAUAGUUGUCUUAAAAUAAAAUACAUAUCGCUUAUCUCCUUUGUGACAGUAUUUCAAUAAAAUUGUAGUUGUUUAUAUGUGGGGAUUUACUAGCAAAUGUCAGAAUGAAUUGCAGCUUUUCGGUGAAAUAUGUCAAGUAUCGCGUAGUAAAUAUCCAUAUUUGCAUUUUUAUUUUCAGAAAUAAUCCGUUAAACUAAAUAUAUAAUAAGUUAAAUGGAUGGUUGAAAUGUUUGAUAAGCGUUUAUGUUGAUAGACGAUUUUGUUGAUUUUGGCGAAUCUAAAUCCAUGUUUUUGAUACGGGCCUCAUACUUAGAGAUAAUUCUCUGAUACAAUAGCAUAGUUACAGUUACCGGCAAACUUCUUGAGCAUUAAACAAGAGGGUAGGGGAAAGUUUGAGCAUUGCGGGACACAAACGUCAACUGAUUUACCAAUCACGCAAUCGACACGUCACUCUCCCGCCGCCAGGCAAGGACCCCUGUUCAAGAUGUUUGCCGGUAUCUGUACGUGAGCGGCUGUCAAACCCGGUUAUUCUAUCGUGUGCGCAAUGAACGCUAGAAUGAAACAUCACAAGAUAUAUAUAUCACCACUUGCAAACAAAAAAUAUUAUCAAUGUGACAGAUGUAAAUCUUGAUUAAAUAGUGUAAGAAGAAUUAAAAUGUGAAAAUAUUUCAAUGUAAUUUUGGUUUAUUUUAAGUUUUUAUUAUCUCAAAUUAUGGAAAGGAACGUGUUUAAUUGGCAAAGGCAAGGCAUAUCCACUUUUACAUCACAAAGCUAAAUAAUAAACUGUGAAUUUUAGCUGAAAGUAAACCGAAUACAAUGAAUAAUAAGCAGAACUUUCGAGUACUUUGUUAGUUUAACCCCUACAUUAGCGUAAAAUACUCCAAAGAUGCAGCUUUUAUUUUUAAUACAUUUAAAUGUUAAGUAGAUAAGUUUAUAUCUAGAGUAAGUUACAAAUUACAAAGCCUUCUGUGAAAUAUAUUUAGAUUCUGAUAAGAGGUUGCAGUUUAAAUAGAAAAUGUUACAUAGGUCUUUUGUCAAAUAAAUCAAUAAUUGAACUCAUAUAACCCAACGUAUCUAAUAUUGUUUAUAUGUGACCAGUGUGAACGUAGCAACUAGUUCAAACACUUCGUUUGUUCCAAAUGCAGCCUACUUCACUGCGGUCAUGCAGUUCUAGUAUUUAUAUUUCAAAAAAACUAUAUUUAUGCCAAAGAAAUUAGGACGUAGAUGAUCAUCAGGUAUAAUAUUGAUUUAGUAUUUAUUUAACUGAACGAUUGGUUUUAAAGUAUCAAAAUCAUCUAGAGCCAAAACUUGUUAAAACUAGUGUAAUGAUUACUGAGUAUGUGUAUUUUUUACAAUGUAAAUUAUUCUGAUUUCGAUAAUAAAAUAUCAUAAAUGCA